UCUGUUGUUUUUAAUGUUUACCUUUUAAUGUUUGUAAGCCACAACUGGAGAUAUAAAAGGGAAAUAAAUGCGGCUUGUGACUAAUAUUAUAAUUAUACACUGCACCUGGAGAACAUGACACAAUCAAAUAAUACGCACGCAAACGGCAAAGGCACCGAUGAGGAUUCGAAGGCUUGGAAUCUAGAACAACUGUUAGAAGGCCUCUUCCAAGCACUGCAUAGGCUAUGGCUGCAGGGACGCCGGGUCGUGUACUUCAUUAUGAGCGAACUAGGCGGCAAUGAGUUGUUCGAAGCUGUCAUCUCCUGGUCGGUCCAGCAUCCAGAUCUGGCGAUCUGUCUGCUGGCUGCAUGUUUUGUAUUCCUUUUGCCUAUACUCAUCAUUUUUGGAUUUGGUUUCAUUACCUUGUUAAUAACGUUUACAGGCAUUCUUGUGCUGGAAGGCACUUUAUUGACGUUUGUCUUUAUGAUAUUUUUCGCCUGCAUUGGAAGUUUGGCUAUUGCUUUUCUCGUUUUUGCUGUUGUUGCAUACUUUGGAUUUUCGCAGAUCUAUAGAUUCCUUGGCAUAGAGCGGUAUCGAGAUGCAUUUCUAAGAUUUUUACAGGAAAAUAUAAGUGCAGCCACUGCUGACGAAUCAAAUUAGAAAUAGAUCUUAAGCAAGGCAUACUAAUAGGCUAAGGCUAUCGAAAUGAAAUAUUUAGAAGUCCCAGU